AUGCCAGAAGAGCCCCCGAAAGCGCCCGCGGCUCGGACUCGAGCAGCAAAGCCUCGAGCGGGCAUUCAGCGCAAGACCAGAGAAGAACGAGAGCAGUUCGCAAGGCAAGAAGCCGAGCGACAACAGGCGCGAAAUGCCGAGGCUUCGAAGAACACGUCUACACGCGGCGGAGCUAGAGGAGGAAGAGGCGGUCGAGCUGGUCGAGCUGGCGCUGUGGGUGUUGGCGGCGUGGGCGACUCACGAGCAAGUAACACACCGGGACUGGGAGGAGGCGUUUUCGGCGCCGGUGGCGGCGGCUUGAGAUCUUCUAUGAGAUCGAGGACCGUUCCGGAAGGCUAUAGUGAGAUGAUAGUUGGGAGCCAGUCGAGUAAGAGAGCGGAUGCGGCGCUUUUGAACACGCUGGAAGGUGAAGAAGCAAAGCUAUCCGCUGGAGGCGCCGGCGGCGGCGGUGGUGGUGGUGGUGGUGGUGGUGGUGGUGGUGGUGGUGGUGGCGGCAGCAGCAGUGGGAACAGCCGAUUGACAGCAGCGACUCGACAGGCAGAAGGGGUCGACAUCGCGACGGACGAUGAGCCCGACGAAACCGAACGAGACAUCGAGCGGAUCUGGAUCUCCACCGACGAAGACGAGGACGCAAUAGUCGCAGGGAAACGCAAGCAGAAAGCGGUACAACGUCCUCCUCGCAGCGCGAACAGCCUGCGGCCUGUGAGAGCACCCCGGGCCCCUCGGGAAGAGGAAGAGUCCACAUCUGCUGGGCGCAGGAGGCUCAACACCCGAGGACCAGCGGUGGUCAAGAAAAGCGAAUCAGACAAUAUGAUCCAUGAAGUGGAAGACGAGGAUGAGCACGCCAUGGACGUUGACGAGCAGCCCUCGGCACUGGGUAAGGAACCCCACAACCGCCUGUCGAGCCCUGAGAUGCGAAGACGGAACCUGAAGAAGAGUUCGAGCGCUAGAUCAAGAGACGGCGCGCGAGGCGCGACGGAGACAAUCGAGGAGAGGGCCGAGCGCCUGAGAAUCGCGGAGGACACGCACAAACUACGAGAUAUCUUCCUUAGUCAUGGAAAUUCUCCGUCUCAUCAUCACGUGUCGCACCCUGCGAUUGCCAACGGAGACGAGAUGCACGAUGGCAACGACGUAGGAACAGAACAAGACGAGGAAGAAACGACUCUGAAAAAGGGAAAGCUGUUCCUCUUCCAGCUGCCGCCGCUGACGCCAUUCCUCUACGACCCUGCCACCGACCCUCCCGCCGAACCGGACGUCAAACAGGAACCGGGCAUGGGGGGAGAGACGAUCUCCAAGCUGCCGACGGCCACCACCGCCACCUCCUCCUCACACGGCAAAUACUCAGAUACAGGCGCGCCGGGCAACAAACCCGGAAUCAAAAAAGAAGGCGACGCUGACCCCGCCGCCUCAGUUUCAGCCUCAGCCUCAGCCUCAGCCUCCAGACACCCACUCCAGCUCGACGGCCUGCUGACGGCGUCCGAACCAACCCGCCUCCCCGCCGGGCUGGUGGGGAAACUGCGCGUGCACGCGUCCGGCAAAGUCAGCCUCGACUGGGGCGGCACGGACAUGGAGGUGCGGUACGGCACCGAGGUCGACUUCCUGCAGGACGCAGUGUUGAUCCAGACCAAGAAGCAGAAGGGAGAUCAGCAGGGCAAUCGCGAUGGUGAGGCGGCGGCGGCGGCGGUGGAGAAGGCCGAGGACGACGAGCAUCUUGAUCUCAGGACCAGCGGGAAGACGUAUGCCCUAGGCCAGGUGCGCCGCAAGAUGGUUCUGAUUCCGGAUUGGGCCAGGUUGUACGAUUGA